AUGGGUGAGCCAUCUUUCGGUUCGUCGUUCAUCCCAACAGUUGCCCUUUCCCAGUAUCCAGUUGGUCCUAGUGGGGUCCCCCUGAUUCCAUGCCCAAAAUGCGGUGAUAAAGUAGUGGAAUGCAAAUCCUGGCAGAACAAAGGCGAAGUCUUCUUCAAAUGCGUAAACUACAAUGAAUAUGCGGAGAAGAAAUGUCCAUUCUUUGCUUGGUUGGCAGAUUACAAGAAAGUAGUCGCAAAGAAGCUUAAAGAAGACUUGCAAGCUGCAGUGCCAUAUGAAGGUCAUGGUGAAACUAAAGCAUUGCCAUACCAAGGUAAUGGUGAAUCUAAAGGCUUGGUUGAAAUGAAGCUUAAAAGCAGGCUAUAUGAAGAAGAGAGGAUGGAUCUCAAGAUGGACAAGCAUGAAGGGAGGAUGGACCUCAAGAUGGACAAGCUUAUUGGUCUGGUCCAAUUGUUGGUGGUGCUGUGUUUAGUAAUUGUUGUCAUAGUUCUUCUAGGUGUGGUUGUGCUCAUUACCAAGUGA